CAACCUUCACUCACACACUACUUCUAACUGAAAACACAACACAUCACACAAUAAUAACCACACCCCCUCACACAAUUCUCACCUCUUUCAAUUACACAACUCUCUUUCAGAUUCAGAUGGCUAUGGAAGCUCUUAAAUCACCAACCACCGCCGCUCCAACCUUCACUCCCUUCCAGGAACCGAACCACAGCUACAUGGUCGACGCACCGUGGGCGAAGAGAAAGCGUUCCAAGCGUUCUCGCACGGACAGCCAUCACAACCACGCUUCCUGCACGGAGGAAGAGUAUCUCGCUCUCUGCCUCAUCAUGCUCGCUCGCGGCAGCACCGCCGUAACACCCAAGCUCACUCUGUCUCGUCCGGCACCGGUAACCGCUGAAAAGCUCAGUUACAAGUGCUCUGUCUGCGAAAAAACCUUCCCCUCUUACCAAGCCCUUGGCGGACACAAGGCCAGCCACCGGAAACUCGCCGGCGCCGCCGCUGAGGACCACUCCACCUCCUCCGCCGUGACCACCAGCUCUGCCUCCAACGGUGGAGGCAAGGUCCACCAGUGCUCCAUCUGCCAGAAAUCCUUCCCUACAGGACAGGCCUUGGGAGGACACAAGCGUUGCCACUAUGAAGGCGGUGGUGGUGCUAGUAGCACCGCCACAGCCACCGCAUCGGAAGGUGUGGGAUCCACACACAGCCACCAGCGCAACUUCGAUCUGAACCUGCCGGCUUUUCCGGACUUCUCCGCCAGCAAAUUUUUCGUGGAAGAAGAGGUUUCCAGUCCCCUGCCUUCGAAGAAGCCACGUCUUUUGCCCAAGAUUGAAAUCCCUCAUUAUUAUUAAUUAAUUAAUGCAUUUAGAUCAAAGUUAAUUAGUGCUUAAUUAGCUUUUCAAUUGUUUGGGAAUUGGGAUUUGAUUUGUUCUUGUACAUAUACAGUAGCUAGCUAGCUAGCUGGACUUGGAGCUUAUUAGCUGGUUUUAGGAUUUCUUCUACAUUGUAUUUUGACAGUCAUUCAUUAUCAUAUAAUUCAAUUCAUUUAUUCAA